AUGUCGGCCAAGAGAAAGAGCGUCAGCUUCGUUGAGCUGGACUCAACCGGUAAUGAAAGCGACCAUGAACGGACUGAACCACCACCCAAGCGCCCAAAAUCAAAAGAAACAGUCAACAAUCAUGUUCCUCAACAUCAGCCCAAGCCGAGCCCCAUCACCCAAACCCUCCUCUCCCUCUACUACCCCCAAAUCCUCACUCUCCGCCAAUACGCCCUCUCCAAACUUCCAAAGUCCUCCAGAAUCCGCCGAAAGAAGAUCGCCGCAGUCGGCCUCUCCUCAAAUACCCCAGACCAAGAGACCAAGGUGUUAGAAACCGCCCUCGGCUUACUUCUAGACACAACCCUAGUCUGCUCUCGCGACCCUCCAGACACCACUCAAACUCAAAAGAAACAGAAACCAGAUUACCGGUGGGAACAGUGGGUUUCCUUUUCUCAGGGCGGAAAUAAGGGAGACGAAAGUCACGUUACCUUGUCUGAUGGGUUAAAGGGUGCCUUGUACUCGCAGUCUGACAUCGUCGACUUUGUCAUCUGGCUAUUAUUCUCCCGCUCAGGAUCCCGGGAGAAGUCCAAGACUGGCAAAGGAUGGCCUGGGCCGAAACAUCUCCUCUGCGAUGGCUUCCGGAAAGGUGUCCCUCCGCAGGGUCGAUCUGGUGAGAUUGCAGCAACCGGACAUCAUCAGAUACCGGGGGUGUAUGCGGUUCACACGAAUAACUGUGUAAAAGCGCUGAAAGAAGCACCAUGGCCGCAGUUUUUGCUGCUGUUAGGAAAAGAGGGAGAGAGGAUCAUGUUGGAUUUGUUGCUGGAUUGUGCCGUGUUUGUUGCUGUGAGAGAGGGAAAGGGGAAUUUGGUUCAGUUCGGUUUGCACAACGUCUUCACUUCGGUGGUAGACCGCCAACAGACGGCUCAGAAGUUUCAGGAUUAUACCCUCCGCGAGGAGGAGAUAGCCAAGAAGUUCCCUAAACCGGCCGAGGGAGAGAAGCAAAAGGUUAAGAUACCCAAGAGACUCAGGGAACCAGAGCAAAGGUCGCAAUCAAGCCAACUGCGAAUCUCAGCCCGCUCCUCUAGGUCAUCCCAAAGGAACCGCAAAAAGACACUUCAACCACAGUCAACUGCUGCCCCCGUCAUUAGGAAUUCUGACUCGCAGUCUCAUUCCCUCCUAGACCUUGCUACUCCCAUUUCGAGCAUAUCAGCCUUCUGUCAAGCGGUUCUAUCAAAAAUCAUACCCAACGACUUCUGGGGCUCUUCGUCAGAAGAAGGCCUUACUGGUGGUACCCAAGAGCAUAACAAAUCGGUCUUCCUCAAACACGUUGACCAGUUUAUCAAGCUUCGGAGGUUUGAGACAAAAGAACACAUUACGCAAAACCUCGUCAAAAUCGGCAAGAAGUACUACCGACAAAAGACGGGCAUCCCCCAGGGUUCUGUCCUUUCCAGCACUCUGUGCAACUACUUUUACGCUGAUCUUGAACGAUCUGAAGGUCUGGCAUUCCUGGGUCUAGGGACUGGAGAUGAUGGUGGAAAAGACUACGAGGAAAACCAGCAGGGGCAGGAAGACCGCGGGAGGAGGGGGUACGGCGUUACCAUCUCCCCUCACAAAAGUCUCGUCAAUUUUGACGUUUCCAUCAAAGACCAUUUGGUGCCGAAACUGAGCGGAGGCACGAGAUUUCCCUACUGCGGAUUGCAAAUCGACACCCAAACUUUGGAAAUCUGCAAGUCUGGUACUGGUACUGGGGUAGAGGCCGAUGACCACCAGAAAAAGGACCCGGUGAUUUUCAACGGGAUUACAGUUGAGUACUCCAAAAACCAAGGGCGAAACUUUCAGCGGAAGGUUCUCAAUACAAUCAAGUCCCUAAUCGAAGUGGCAUACCGCUUGGUGACGAGCAAGUCAAGACAAAAAAGAUACCCCGGUUAUCGGUGUAGCGUGGGCAGGGGACAGGUUGCGUGGCUCGCCAUGGUAGCUUGCAGACAAGUACUUGUCCGAAAACAGGCCGGUUACAAAGAAGUGCUCAGAUGGUUGGAGGAGGAGAUACAGAAACUGACGACGGCUGGUGAUAAGAAGAAGAUGGAUACGAGGCUGUUGGUCAAAGUGGCGAGGGAAAUUGCUGUUCGGCCUUAG